ACGCCAGCAGAGAGGAGACGGCAGGAGAGGAGCGAAGCUGAGGAGGGGGACUGUGUGAUACACUGUGCCUUUAAAAGCACCAAGCUCCUCCUGCGCGGAGCAGAGCAGAACAGCCGAGUGGUGCUGGUCGGAGCCUGAGCCCCACGAUAAACUCUGGCAUCAGCUUCCCUUCAUCCAACUGUCAGCGAGGACAACAGUGAGGGCGCAGGGGCAGAGAGAGACGGGGACGGAGACAGAGAGCCAGAGUUACAGAAAGGGAGAGCGCGAGAGAGUGUGGAACAAGGAGAAAAAGAGCGAAGAGAGGACAGUGAAGAUGUUAGUGGGUGUGACAGAGGGACUGCUAAAGAACCAGCAGGUUUGUGUGCGGCUUAAAUGAUCCUGCUGUGCGUGGACAGUAAGCUCUGGGCAUAGCAACAGCAAGGUGAUGCACGGGAAAGGUGCCACGUGCGACUGGCCAGCGCACACUGUGGCCGUGGCAUCGCCCCGGAUUUGGCGAGAAGCUCCCCCCGCUGCUUGUUCUCCAGCGCUCCUCCGGGCAGCAUUCGUGGGAUUUAUCUCUUCCUGCUGGAUGGCACUGAGCUCUCUGCCUCUCUGAGGGGAAAAAAGUCCAGAAGAGAAGAUACACACUGCACGGAGAAGAAGUAAAAUAAUUAUCCAAUCACAGCACAAGAAGGCAGACCGGGUUCCCUUAGCAACAACUGAAGGAGAGAAGAGAAUCCUUUCCUGAUUUUGGGCACACCCCGGAGGACUGCUGCGGGUCAGUGUGUUCGGAGAGGACUUAGAGAGCGCUGUUGCAUAAGACAAGCUGCCACCCAAAUUCCAGGGAAAAGGUGCUCGCUCGCCUUCCAGGCUCCUUUUUUUAACUGUGUCUCAUCGACACCAUGAUUUUUUUGUUAUCCCUCCAAAAAUUCUCAUCAGGGGUCACGUUCCGCCGGCUUGGAAAUCAAUUCAUUCUGAUCCCGAGCCACCUGGAAUAAGCCCUGCUUUGGGUGUGGGGUGGGGAUUGGACGCUCUUUGAAAAGACACCUGCCAUUCCUCCCUUUCAUGGACAAGAAAAUGGAUGUGAAGCAAAGUUUAUUUUGACGCAAGUUUAUUUUUUUCCUCGAGGGGGAAACGCCACACAGCCGAGAGGAAUAUCCCCUUUUUCCAAAUAGGAUCCGUCCUUUCUCUUAAAAGACAGAAGCCCUCACCGUAGGACUAUAUUUAGAUCGCAAGUCGCGUGUCCCCCGCCGGCCAACAAAAAUGUAGAACACGAUCAUUUGGAAAAUCAAGCCACUGCUUGGAGUUCUAUUUUUCUAUAGACGUUGAAAUAGCUUUCUACCAAACACAAAAGUGUUAAUAUGGAACCCCUUUGAUGAUUUUCUUUUUGAAUAUUGGCCUGCCAUUAUGUCUGUGUUUUACAAGUGAAAAAGGUUGCACAGGACAAGUGGAUGAGGGAACAAGUGUACUCCCUGCAUAGACAGGCGUUUUAAAUAGCAUCUCCUCGGGAACAAUUUCAAACGUACACACUGACACAUGCGAUGUGAGUUGGCUCAACACGAUUUACGUAAGAGUUUCAUACCAGCUUUAGCACAUGUAUUUUGCCUCUUAUCUUUUCCAUGGAUAUACAGUGUUUGACUUUUCCCGUGCUCGUUUUCUUUCCGUUUCUGGAAGCAUCUACCAGAGGGCAUGGAUGUCAGAGUGUGACCCUGGGCCGAGUGUGCGAGCGAGGCGAGGUGUUUUUGCUGCCCAGGUGCUUUUAAGAUGUUGAGGUCUCCCUGCGUGGCCGGGGCCCCUGUUCGGAUCAGUAGCACUGAGGCUCCUUGCAGCCAAAGACAUGGACCCCGACUCGGCUCCCCCACGCCCUCAGCCUGUUGGCCACUGGCCCCACGCCGCCCUGUAAAGGAUGUCCCUCAGCAAAGCUCCGGCCCGGGACAACUCUGAGACCCCCAGCCCGAGAGAACGCAUCCGCAGCCACAUGAAGAUGGUGAUCGAUCAGUUGGACGGCAUACUCAAAGAGCUCAAGGAUGUGGCCAAGGAACUGCGGGAGGUGGUGGGUCAGAUCGAUAAGCUAACGUCAGACUUUGACUUUGACCUGGAGCCGGACGACUGGACCGUGGCCACAGCCAGCAGCACGUCCAGCAGUGAGCGGGGUUUAGGAGACGCCUUUCGGCUGGACUUCCUCAAUGCAGAUGUGCUUUCCGACAGCUGGGAGUUCUGCAGCUACCUGGAGGCUGCCGGCGCUGCCGCUCGGACGCCCGGCGAUCAACUGGGGGAUCUGCGAGCGGAGCUGGGCCGCGGGGCCAUCCCCACCCAGACGCAGACCCCCACCCCGCCCCCCUCCACGGCCUCGGUCUACUCCCAGAUGAACGGCGGUCUGCCCGUCCCCAAUGGGCCCCUCAUUAUUACUCCGGAUUCCUCCAGCGAGGAGGCCAGUAGCUCCACGACCAGCCACAAGACUUCCCGAACCUCUGGCACGAGAGAACGAGUUCGCUUCAGUGACAAGAUUCUCUACCACGCGUUGUGCUGUGAUGAUGACGAGGAGGAGGAGGAGGAGGAGCAGGAGGAAUUACAGGAAGACCAGAGUGACUGUCCUACACCAGACAGCGAUAGUGAAGCCGGUCUCCCGUCUUGCUCUGUGACCCCCAAGCGUUCUUCCUCUGAGCACUCACUCCUCCAUAACUGUCUGGACCCCUCCUAUGUCUCUCCACCAAUGAAGGGGAUGAAGGGAGCUCACACACUACCCAGGAAAGGUCUCUUAAACCCCGGCUGCCGCAAAAAACUGUUAAGAAACAGCAGCACACAAACUGUCUCGGACAAGAGCACCCAAACUGUACUGCCCUAUAUUCCAACCAAACAGAAAACAAAGGACCACUGAGAAAGCUCCUAGCUCAUCGUCCAUCUCAUGAAGAGGACUGUGCAUUAUUUAAUAUUAAAUACAUAGCUCAUAGAUUAAUACACAAAUAAAUAAAUUACUAAAUAAAUAAAUGAUAUAUGGGAAAUCAAACGACUACCUAAAGUUCUUCUGAUGCUCAGGGAAAACACGUCAAACGAAGCAAAGCAGAUCAUUAAGAUGAAACUUCCCCGGCACAGCAAAAGAUUACUGCCUGUUCUCAUGUUGAAAGAUACUACUGAAUAGAUUCCCUGUGUGUAAUAAUUGGAAAAAAUGACAGAUAUCAUAAAAGCAAUCGUUUUUACAAGAACAUUUAAAGUUGUCGAAACGGAAAGCGUCGUAUGAAGAGGUCCUUUCCCCUCCUCGUACAAUAGUAAAGGUCACGCCAAAAAAAAAAAAAAAUGCUUGUUCCUAUAAUGUAGAUACAAAACGCUGCACAUUCUGUAUUUUGAAUCUGUAUAAACAUUGUCUUUUUCAUGUUCCAGUUAUUUUCAAUGUUAAAAAGGGUCUGUUGCUUUCGGAGGGAUAAUGUACCCAGGCGCACAUGUCAAGCCUUUUCCUCCUUUGAUGUCAACAUACAAAGUGUGAGCCAUCAGCCACAAAACA